GCGCGGAGCAGGCACGGGCGGCACGAGUACCCUGCUUGUGGGCGCGGCUAGCAGGACCUGGGGCAUCCGAGAGCGAGCGCCCACCGAAGUCCUGCGGGUUCGGCGCUCUGACGCUCGCUCGGCUAGGCCUGUCUGCUGGAGGAAAUACUGCGGUGGCGUCUGAGGAGCUGUGGUCCGGACUGUACGCCCGGGCGCAGCGGCUGCCCCGACGUCCUCAGAGUCUCUGUAGAAGCUGAAAUCCAUCACCAUCUUUCAAAAUGCAAUGGAACAUACCACGGACUAUGUCUCGGCUGACCCACAGAACAUAUUGGGAACCACAGAAAGCUGGUCUCUUUGGACACUACCAGAAUAUAAAGGGACCAUUGCUUUUGUAUAGUGCUGAAUCCAAAGUUUUUUGGGUACAUUGCUCUCAAAAGCAGCGGCUGCACCUACCUACUGCCCAGUGCCUUGCAAAGGAACAGAAGCCAUUGGAUGCUCAGCCUCCCCGGCCACGGAUCCUUCACCACAAAGGAUGGGGGCAGGAUGCUUCAUCAAAGAGGGUUUUAUCAUCUAGUGCCACAUCCCAAGGAGCUCCUUCUGAAAAAAAGGAAGAGACUGAUCCUUUACAAGACAAAUCUAUUAGCCUUUAUCAGCGAUUUAAGAAAACAUUUAGACAAUAUGGGAAAGUUUUGAUUCCUGUUCAUCUAGUAACUUCUGGUAUUUGGUUUGGAACAUUUUACUAUGCAGCCAUAAAAGGUGUGAAUGUCAUCCCUUUCCUGGAACUCAUUGGGUUACCUGACAGUGUAGUAAACAUUCUGAAAAACUCCCAGAGUGGAAAUGCCCUGACAGCAUAUGCCAUGUUUAAGAUUGCAACACCUGCCCGUUACACCGUGACCUUGGGAGGAACGUCCUUUACUGUGAAGUAUUUGCGCAGCCGUGGCUAUAUGUCGACUCCACCACCUGUCAAGGAGUAUUUGCAGGACAGGAUGGAAGAGACUAAGGAACUCAUCACGGAGAAAAUGGAAGAGACAAAGGAUAGACUCACUGAGAAAUUACAAGAAACCAAAGAAAAAGUUUCUUUUAAAAAAAAGGCAUAACAGUGUGCCCUAUUUAGCAAGCUAUAGAAAAUUCCUGCACUUUAACCCUCUAGAGUCUUUGGACAAAGACAUAUUCUCAUUAUUUUUUUUUUUUGGAUAGUUGACUCAUAUAUCAGUUCUCUAGGGGUUAAAGAAAUUUAAGAUAACCUUUUUAAAGUUAAAUCACUAGAAAAAUUGUGGUUUUUGUUUUUUAAGAAGAAAGCCCAGUGUAAGAAUUUGACAUUAGUGGUAACAAUAAGCAGUGGCUAAUAUCUUCAAUGUCAGGGUUUUUCCCCCAGGUCUUCAAAAUCAAAUUUGUUUUCUGUAUUCUGGCUGUAGCAUAUGCAGACUAAGUCAGCUCUUGGAAUAAUUGUGUCCUGAAGACAAGACAGGAUGCUAAUACCAGAUCUCAAUCUCUAAGCUAUUAAUGAAGAUUGUAACUAUAUUCAGUUCUCUGGGUGGAAUCAGACUUGGACCGACCAUCCAAGUGUUUAGUUCUUUCAUUGACAAAGUAUCUAACAGUAACCUAUCAGUUCAAAUAGAGACCUUAAUGAAGAAAGUUGGAUAAAAAUUCAACCAUAUAUAUGUAAAUAAUAUGUACUGGUUAUAUAUAAAUGAAAUUGAACACUCAAAAAUAAUUUUUAUCUAAAGCUUGUCAGAAUCACAAUUUCCACAGAAAAUAUGCAGCCAUUGGUACCUUUUAAGCUUGUGGUGGUGAGUACAAGAACACCACAUACUCUUGUAACUCAUUUGUGUUCUCUUUAGCUAAUCUCUUAGGUGAAAUGUGAAGGUUUUUAUAAAGUUGAUUAUGGUUGAAAUGAGAAAUCAAGUAUUUUUAACAGUGACUGAAGCCAGUAGAGGUUUUGAAGUGUAUGGAUGGCGCCAGUGCUGUCCCUGAGGAGUAUGGACCUCCUUGGCAUGCCAGGCCACUUCCCAGAGUCUUUGUCUCACUGAUAAUUUUGAUGUCAGUAUGGAGUACAUCUUACAAUUAUGGCUGCUGCUUUUUAUAUUAUAUUGAAAGGAAAUCUUGCUGAAUGUUCUACUUGAUAAUUAUCUGCUAGGAAUGAAUCAGUUGUUGUGAGAUUGGCAAGUGACUAUGAUCAUGGAGGACAUCAUGGGUGUUUCUUUAGCAGCCCUUCCUCUCUUUCUAACCUUUGGGUUGACAUGGGAGGAGGUGGUUACCUCUCUUUAGUGGUUAUUGUGUUGAUUUGGCUGCUACAAGAGAAUGGCAGAGGCCUUGCUACACAGAUGCUCUGCCUGCUUCCUGUUCCUUGGCAGGCCUUUCUAUCAACAGCUUAGUUUGGCCAUAUUCAGAGAAUAGUUCCAAGGGAAAACAGUGUUUUUACAUUGAAUAGUCACUGUAGUCAGACACUUUUUAAGUGAAUAUGACUGGAAUCUUUAUCUCUGGGGUGGUUGUGAUGGAAGAAUCUGUGUGUCUGGUCUUCGUUGGGGCAUGAUUUAUCUCAAUGUAGAGUCCCAUGCACUGCUUCACAUUGAAGGCACAUUUCAAAUCUAAACACAGGUAACACAUUUUAGCAUGCUUAUUCAGAUACUAAGCCCUGAAGUAUUAACAAAUAACUUUUUUUUAACUAGUUGAGAUAGUCUGUGUUUAAAUCUGAAUUCUUUCUUAAAUCAGGAUUCUUUUUCCUAAACCAAUUACUUUCCUUUACCAUUGCAUAGGACAUAUUGUCUAUCAGAUGAAUUGGGAGCUCUUUGAAGUUACUAAUACUUCUGAGACUAAGAUUUGCUUUUUCUUCUCUUUUGUUCAGUCCAUGUGAAUUUUGUCACCAGUUUUAUAAUUGGGUUGUGUUUACCCAGUUACAGAAAAUAAAAUGCUGCUUGUGUGUACCUCAAAAACAGUAAAAAAAAAAAAAAAAAAAUCAUAUGAAGAUUUG